AGAAUCCAUCUGACGUUCAUUCACCACCACUUCACCCUUCUUCACCUUCACCUCCCCCAACAACUCCCACCUUCCAACCAUCUUCCACUUGCUUUCAUCAACCACCUGUUUCUUCCAUCAAAUCUUCACCACAAACCUUCGCUUCUCAUCCUUUUCCAAUCCCCCACCAACUAGCUUCAUCGAAUUCAUUGCAAAGUCAUCGCGACAUUGUACUCCCGAGUGGUUCUCACCCAGUAAUCAGCUUGCACUCUUCACCGAAUUGUUCUACACGCGUUCCACGCAUCAUGGCCGAGGAGGUCAAGCCUGACGCUGCUGUUGCAGCUCCUGUUGCAGCUCCGGUGCCCGAGGAGACCAUUGCCGCGCCCGUUGCCGGUUCCGACGCGUCUAAGGAGGAUCCGUCCACCGAGGCCAAGGUUGAUGGCACUCCCGCCAAGACAGACCAGACCACCGAUAGUAGGUUCAUCAAGAAUGUCGCGUCAUUUAUCAAGUUGGUUACUCACACUCUACUCUACCUCUGUAGAUGCUGUCCCACAGACCGAGACCAGCUCUGCGGAGCCCGCCGCGACCAAGGAGUCGGAAGCAGGUUCUCAAAAGCCUGCAAAUGAAGGCACCAACGGAGCUGAAGCUUCCGCUGACACGAUCGAGCCAUUGGCCGCGACAACAAACGGCGCAACUGACGCGACCAAGAGGGACAGGAAGCGGAAAUCGUCAUCCGGGGUGCCUGAGCACAAAUCCAAGAAGCUCAACCGCAAGAAGAGCAUGCCUCAGCUCCAACUGGACGUUGAGCCGGGUCAGUUCUGGUUUGCGCGCAUGAGAGGGCACCAGCCGUGGCCUUCCGUCAUCUGCGACGAGCAAAUGCUACCCAUCUCAUUGCUCAGCAAACGCCCUGUGAGCGCCAAGCGCGUUGAUGGUACAUGGAGGGCAGACUUCGAGGUCGGCGGGAAGAACGUCCGUGAUAGGCGAUAUCCGGUCAUGUUUCUUGCCACUAAUGAGUUUGCGUGGCAACCAAACACGGAUCUGCUGCCUCUCGACAUGAAUGAGAUCAAGGAGAAAGUGGAGAGCGGAAAUCAAGGCAAGAUGCCGAACACGCUCUGGGAAGCUUACAAGACUGCUGCCGGCGAGCAUAGUCUCACCCACUUCAAGUCUGUUCUCAUGGAACAUGAGAAGGCCAUGGUGAAAGAGCAAGAAGACCGUGAGCAGGAGGAGGAGCUCCUCAAGCAGCAGAUUGAAGCCGCGGAUAAAGCUGCUGCUGAACAGGCGGAGAAGAAAAAGGAGAAGGCGGAGCAGCAGAAGAAGAGCAAGAAGAAGGGCAAGAGUGAUGAUGUCGAGAUGGCGGAUGCAGAUGGUACUGCUAAGGCUUCCAAGUCGAAAAAGCGAAAGAAGGGCGAAGCUGCUGACACUGAUGCAGAGGAGGGCACUAAGCCCCCGAAAACUCCCAAGCUGAAGCUCACAAACAAGAGCACUGAUACCCCAGCAGCCGCCUCUGACACGAAGUCGAAGAAGGCUUCCAAGCCUUCUGCGAAGAAAGCCGCUUUCAAAGAUACGGCUCCAAAGGAGGAGAAGAAGCAGGAGACGGAGGCGGAGAAGCUCGAGAAGCGCCAGAAACUGGUGUUGUUCCUUCGCCACAGGCUUCAGAAAGGCUUCCUGGACAAGAAUACCCCCCCUAAGGAUGAGGAUAUGCCGGACAUGUCGCUGCGACUUUCCGAUUUGGAAAAGCAUGAGAAUCUCGAGGUUUCGAUCAUCAAGGCCACGAAGAUCAACAAGGUCCUGAAGCAAUUGCUUCGAAUCGAGUACAUUCCGCGAGAUGAGGAGUUCCAUUUCAGACAGCGAGCGACUGAUCUUCUCGGGAUCUACAACAAGUCCAUGGAGCUCGAAACCCCGACUCCGGCACCUGCUGCAUCAACCGGAGCAGCUGCGCCGAAGAGCGAGGAGCCCGAGGUGAAGACCAACGGCGUCAACCAUGAGGAGCCUGCCAAGGAGGGCGCUUCACCAGACGAGAAGAACGAAGUGAAGUCGGUUGAAGCGGAAGAGCCCAAGAAGGACACCCUGGAAGUCGCUGAAGGAGAUGGUGACAUUUCCAUGACAGACGCGAAAGCUGAUAUGGUCGCACCAGAGGAGGCCCCCGAGCGGGCAGCCGAGACCGCCGCGGACGCACCGGUCGCAAGCACCGAGGAGCCCAGCUUUGCAACGUAGAUCCGUCGCCGCAGGGUGUCAUUUCACCAUUCACGUUUCACCUUUUUCCCUCUGGUGUUCCCUCGCGAUGCUAGCGAGGUUGUACCAUGGUGAAUCCCUAAUUCUCAUCGAUUCUCUGGUAAUAGCGGCAUCGUGGCGGAUUUUCUCACAAAUUGUGGUAGUGGAUUAGUAGUCCUUCAUUCGGCGGUUGGGUGGGAAGGAUG